CUCAUCACUUACCCCUGCAAGAUGGUUUACUCAAUAGUGGUGUACUCUGCUCUCUACUCACCAAUGUACACGCACCUAGAUGCAGUCGUAACAUUUACGGAUGUCGGAGAAUGUUCAAGAAAAACAUGAAAGUCCUGCAUAUAAUGAAACUGAAAUCCAUCAUUAUGAAACUGACUACAGUAAUGAAGAAACUGAAAUCAGUCAUGAUGAAACUGAAAUCAGUGAAGAGCCAGAGAAUGUUCCAGAAGAACAUGAAAGUCCUGCCUAUGAAGAAACUGAAAACAGUCAUGAUGAAACUGAAAACAGUCAUGAUGAAACUGAAAACAGUGAAGAGCCAGAUAAGGUUCCAGAAAAACAUGGAAGUUCUGCUGAUGAUGAAGCUGGAAUCAGUCAAGAGCCAGAGGAGGAUGAACCACCUUUUCGUGAGAUCGAGUUCAUGACUGUUAAAGAAGGACCUCCGGUGGAUGGUAAACCACAUGCAAUGCCUAACCGUGAAAUUCAGAUCAUGUAUCUUAAGGAAUAUCCGGCAGAGGGUGACCCAAAUACAGUAGCUUACCGUGAGAUUGAGUUCAUAAGUAUUAAAGAAGGAUGUCCGAACGGCUUCCCAUUCAAAAAACGAAACCGUUUAGUAGGACUGCUAGCUGUCACCGAUUUUUGCUGUGGGUGCACCCUCAGGACGGGCUCCAUCAUCACCGCUGUCUUGUUUCUGGUUUGGAGCCUUGCGCAGAUAGCGGCUGCAUCAUAUGCUUUGUUCCUGAUGGGCAACACUUAUUCCGUAUAUACGACUUGGGCAGCAACUGACAAAAUAGUAACUGCAUACCUCACAUAUUACGUUAUCGAGGUUAUCUGUGACAUAAUUCUCAUCAUUGGAGCCGUUAAGGACAAGACUGUAUUGUUUUUACCAUGGAUGAUUAUUCAAGUCCUGGUGGAUGUAUUAUUGGCUGUAGUAGGCGUUGUUGCAUGGGCUGCUGAUUUUUGGUAUGAACUUCCUUUUGAUGGCCUUAAUAUAUCUUUUUCCGCUGGCAUCUACUUGUUUUCAGACAUGUACUUCCUGCGAGUUGUCUACAGCUACUACAGAACACUACAGAAAUCAGAUGCUGUCAGGGUAGUGGUAUAUGACAGAAAUUUUUGGUGAGGUGAUUACAGUUGGCAGUUGAAUCACCAUUACUUCUGUAAAAUGCAUAGCUCAUGAAAUUUCUUUGGAUGUUUCUGAAUGUUGAAGGAAGAAAAGUUAUCAUUAUCAUGAUUAGUUUUGACAAUGAAUGUAGGAUACAGAUAUAACAUUUAUCAUGAA